UGUGAGCAUACAUAAUUCAAUUUUGUAAGCUAGAGAACUCUAUUUAAAUAUCGCCAAUCUGUUUCUAUUUCUCAUAUCUGGGAGGUAACAUCGAUCCAUAGCAUCUUGUGUAGUCUUCCAUGUCGGCAAAUACGAUGGCUGUUGCUGUUGCAGCUGAUAUCAGAGUUUCAUCCUCAUCACUUGCUCUUCAUAUUUCACCAUCAUCCUUGUAUCAACCAAGGACAUUUUUGCUACCAACAUCAAAACCAGCUGGGAACCUACAUCACAAAUUAUCCAUCAUGUCAGUGGCUUCUCCUCACAAGUUGGUAGCUCCUACUCAAACUGAUCCUAGGACGAAAAGUUUGGAGCAAGUUAAAAGAAAAAGCCAAGAGGCAUUACUGAAGUCUAGUGAUUCAGUGGCAACAUUGAAGAUGAUUGACACCAUCCAACGGUUGGGAAUUGGGCACCAUUUUGAAGAAGAGAUCAAUGUGCUGCUUGGCAGGGAAUUGAAUUGGGACCCUGCUCAAGAUCUCUUUGCCACAGCCCUUCACUUCCGCUUAAGAAGGCAUAAUGGCUUGCCUGCUUCUUCAGACAUUUUCAAAUUUUUUUUGGACAAGAGUGGGAACUUCAAGGAACCAAUCAUAAAAGAUCUUUGGGGAAUUUUAAGCCUAUAUGAGGCAUCAUAUCUAAGGGACCAAGAAGAAGAAGUAUUACAACAAGCCAUGCACUUCUCUAGGGCUCAUCUUCAUCAGUUAAUCCCACACCUUAGUCCUGAAGUUGGCAGCCACAUUUCUAGAGCCCUGACCCUUCCAAGGCACCUAAGAAUGGCCAGGUUAGAAGCAAGAAAUUACAUGGAAGAAUACAAUCAAGCAAACAGCCAAAUACCCUCUCUUCUCGAGUUGGCAAAGUUAGACUUUGACAUGGUCCAGUCACUACACCAAAGAGAAUUAGCAGAAAUCUCCAGGUGGUGGAAAGAGUUGGAACUUGUUGGCAAACUUGGUUUUGCCAGAGAUAGACCAUCAGAGUGCUUCCUAUGGACAGUAGGGAUUUUUCCAGAAGCACAUCAUUCAAAUUGCCGCAUUGAGCUUACAAAAACAAUUUGCAUUUUGCUAGUUAUGGAUGACAUCUUUGACACUUAUGGCUCAUUCGAUGAACUUAUUCUCUUUAACGAGGCAAUCAAAAGGUGGGAUCUUGAGGCGAUGGAGCAGUUGCCUGAAUAUAUGAAGAUAUGCUAUAUGGCACUAUAUAACACCACCCAUGAAAUUGCAUACAGAAUUCAAAAAGAGCAUGGGAUAACUGUUGUUUCUAACUUGAAAAAAACGUGGAUAGACAUAUUCGAAGCAUUUCUAGAAGAAGCCAAAUGGUUCAACAGUGGAUACAUGCCAAAAUUUAGAGAAUAUUUGGAUAAUGGGGUUACUUCUGCAGGAUCAUACAUGGCCAUGGUUCAUGCAACAUUCCUUGUUGGGGAUAGUCUCUCAAAAGAAACCAUUUCAAUGAUGAAGUCAAAUCCUAGGCUCUUCUCUUGCUCUGGGGAAAUUCUUCGACUAUGGGACGACUUAGGAACCUCAACGGAGGAACAAGAAAGAGGGGAUAAUGCUUGCAGCAUACAAUGCCUCAUGAAAGAUAAUAAUGUUUCAGAUGAAAAUGAAGCCAGAAAACAUAUAAGGAGCCUUAUUGGGAACUUGUGGCCAGAGCUCAAUAGUCUUGCCAUGAACGCAAUCUCUUUUCCUCCAUCAAUUGUGAAAGCUUCUCUUAACAUGGCCAGAACUGCUCAAGUUAUAUAUCAACAUGGAGAUGAUAAAAGCGGUUUUACAGUUGACGACUAUGUGCAAAAAAUGCUCUUUACACCCUCUCCUAACUAUUGAGAUGAAAUAGACACCAAUAUGUGAUACACAUUUAAGAUGAUGACUCACUCAAUCUGCAUAAUUCUGUCGUAUGUAUUUAAGAUUUUUCACAAAUUUGUAAAGGGGUGAUGGGCUCAUUUCUUUCACCAUAAAAGUAUGCCAAUAAACAAUGCUGUUUUAAUUGAAA